AUGCCACGUCAACGUGCCGCCACAGCCGGUGGCGGCAUGUUGCCACGUCAGCGUGCCGCCACAGCCGGUGGCGGCAGGGCCCACCACCCGUCGUCGCGGACGAAGCUGCCCAACGUGCCGCCACCACUCACGGCGGCAAGUCCUGCCGCCACCGGCUACGGCGGCAUGUACGACGUGUCGCUUGGCCAGCGUGCCGCCACGGUAGUUUUGACAUUUGCACUCAGAGGUGGUCCUUUCUGGCAUUUCACUGGGGCAGGUGGUCUGAACUGUCAAAAUUUCUCAAGCGUGAGCCCGGCACAGACGCUGGCAAGGCCGCGGGAGGGAGAUUGGUUGGGAGACGGCGCCCCUACCCCCCACGCAAGGCCCACGGCAGCUGAAACCUCCACAUUGUGGCUCAACCGCGGCCGGCUCGGCCGCCUCCUCCACAACCUAACUCGCAUGCACCGCUGGCGUGACGCUGCUGGGGUCUUCUCUGCACUCCUACCUUCCAUCCAGCACCUUGACUCCUCUGAGGAGGCCCACAACAUUUUCGUGGCUGCCAUGGAUAUCCAUAGGAAGCUUGAGGAGGACAGCGCCACACAGCACGGUGGCAAGAGCCGCUACUACCACAGGACCGACAAGAUCUUCAAUGUGUGGUUAAUGCGGCUAGUUUGGUUGCCCGCUUCUGCAAAAAAACACUUGGUUAAACUCGAGCGGGCACUAUUUUAUCUUUCACAAGAGAAAAUCGAUGAUGCAUACAAUUCAACAAGAGCCCUUAUUGCUAAGGAUGGACUACAGAUGGAACCAACUCUAAAUCUGAUACAUGGCUUGAUAUCAUAUGGUAAAUGGUACUCUGGCUUGCCCAAGGAUAUGCAAUUUGAGGAAUUAGAUGUUUACAAUGAAGCAUGCACAACUUCUGAGGCAUCUAAUGGCUAUGAAGAAAGUGGUCUUCAGGAUAGCUCAAAUGACAGCAUUGAUGUUGAUGAUGCCAGUUUUCGUCCUUGCUCUUCAGAAAGUUCUAUCAAUAAUGGGAACAUAGACAAAAAGCAGAAGAUCUACAAGAAAUAUUUCCUUGUUUAUUCUGUGAAGGAAAAUGAUUCAGUUUGUUCAGACGUGAAAGAAGUGGGCUGUACAGAUUUUCGAAGCAUAUUUUUUAGCACCUCCGAUAGCCCUACCUGUGGAUUGGAGAAAAGCUUGUUGCCGUUACGUCUGAAGCGUGCUGCCGGGACUUCAAAUGAUAGCUUUGACUCAUACUGGAAGUACAAGUCAACACCGAAUCACUUCUAUGCAGAUGCAGAAAGAUGUCUAAGAGUGGCUCUUCAUUCAUCGCCACCAGUAAUGGCAGCCUUAGUACCAUUAAUACAGAUUCUCCUGCUUGGUGAUAAACUGAAAGAGGCUCUUUGUGAACUUGAGAAGGUCUGCCACAGUUCAACCACAGCGCUCCCUUUCAGAUUGCGAGGUAGACUGGUAGAGUAUUUUGACCAAAACCAAGUAUCAACAAUUUCUUCUUGUUAUGAGGAAGCUUUACGGAGAGAUCCUACAUGCAGCUACUCAGUUAAGAAGCUAAUUGAAAUGCACAGAAAAGGAUAUUAUAAUACGGUCCGACUACUUGAGUCAAUAGCUUUACAUCUAGAUUCUGUGAAUGGGAAGCCUUUUAUAUGGGAGGAGCUUGUAUCAUGCUUCAUUCGGCUUUUUUCGGAUCGGACUACGGAAAACGAGGAUUGUUUUUCACGUAAUGUUGAAGGAGAUGCAGAAAUCAAUGCUUCCAGUAGUCUUUCUUCGGUCUUCUGUGAGCAACAUACAAGAGAAUCAUGGAAGCUCCGGUGCAAAUGGUGGAUGAACCAUCAUUUCAGCCAAAACAACUAUAUGUCAGAAACCGAGGAAGGUGACUGCAAGCUCCUUGCUUGCAAGGCAGCCUGCGCUUCUCACCUGUUUGGGCCUAGGUUCCAGUAUGUCAAAGCAGCUGAGGGCUAUCUUUCCAAACAAGAAGCUAAGGACGAAUUUGGACUUUUGUCGAGGAACAUGGAGAAUUCUGUCAAAUUAUUACAUAGUUUGGAGAAACUACGUAGCAACUCGGUUUAGUUUAAUAUGUCCUUUUUUUGUUGCAUAGUAGUUUAUAAUGUUGUUGUAACUUGUAGGCACACUUAUGACAUUAUACCUUUUAGAUCCCCCAAUAUGAGGUUCGUUUUUUGUAGAGUGGGGAAAUCGAGAGCAAUAUAUUGUUUACCUGGCAGCGGUGAGCCGUAGAAGGAAACAGCAUUGUGUACCA